CGUAAAUUUAAAAUAACUUUUCGUUACCAUUACCUUAAUAACAAGUCACCUUCGUUUACAGACGCCGUAAAUAAGGACCAAGUUGAAUCAGAACUCUACUACCGAACAACUUUCUGAACAGUCCCAAUAAUAUCGUUUUCCCAUUCGAACUAUUUGGAUUUGGACAUUUGAUUCGGUUGCCAUCCUUUCACGCUUAGCUCGAACCCCAAUCGAACUCUCGAGCAAGCUUACGGCUUAAUCGAAGCAUGGCCGACGAAAACGUUGUUGACCCGCCCGCCCUAUUCGGCAUGCGAACAAAUGCCAAGCGUAGACACACGAACCUUCUGCGGCAAGCAAGAGAGUUAAUAAACAUCAACGCCACGCGAGAAGAAUUCGAAGCGUUCAUGCCAACUCUCGAACUGGCGCACAGUAAUCUCGUUCACAUUCACGAACGAUACGUGGCCGCCGCACAACUUGACGAUGGUGAACUGCACGCAGCAGCCACCUACUUAGAAAGCAUCAACAAUCUGCAAGCCGCAUGUGCUCAAGCAGUCGCUGCCGCCUUACGAAGAACAGCCCCUCGACGCGCAUGGAACAUUUCCAACACCGUGGUCCGUGAGCUCAGUCAAAAUGUAUCAAUUCCCCAACCUAAUCAAGAGAUCGACGCUGUGAGCAUCGUACCAGAGCCGCAACAGCCAAACGGCCCACCACAGCCGAACCAAGACGAUCGAUCGAAUGACACGCAGCACGACACCUUAAAUCACGUAAAUUUCUACCUUCACACAGCAGCAAAACAACGCAAAAUCGAUCUUGAAUUUCGAUUGAAGCAAGCAAAAAUAAAACAGGAUCGUGAACUCAAAGAUCUAGAGCUCAAAAACGCGCGGGAACGAGAAGACCUGGAACUUGAAAUUCAGUAUGAAAAUCACUUGAUCGAGAGCUGUGGUGGUGCAAUUGGAUCACCGCAAUUAUCGUCCACACCCAACUUACCAAGCAACGUCCCGAUGAAUGAUUUGGUUAACCUUCUGCUUCUGCCAGCUGUCGUUAACUCGACUCCACCGACGCAACCUAAUUUUGCCCCGUCGCAUCAUUGGCUGAAGCUAGACGUGGCAAAAUUCAAUGGAGACCCCCGUAAAUGGCUUAAAUACGCCCACGGUAUAAGAGCAACGAUCCGAGAUGUAAAUAUGCCCGAAUCGCUGAAACUUCUGGGGCUUCAAGAAAGUUUGAAGGAAGACAUCCAGCGUCGUGUCGCUCAUAUUUUCACGGGUGCGUACACUUUUCAAUCAGCUUGGGCCGAGCGAAAAAAAUAUGGAAGCCCGCACCUUAUCAUACAAGCACACGAUCAGCAUAUGCAGCAGCUCCCUUCAUUCAGAAACGGGGACUUUAACGCACUCUUUAAUUUGGCCGCUGCAGUACGCGACGCCGUUUCAAGCGUAGAUGAAAGCCACGUCAUGAUGUUCAACACCGUCGCCAACUUACUUCAUACCAAAUUGCCGAUCAACUUACAAACAGACUGGGGAAAAUAUGCUUAUGGUUUAGACAGAAUGGCCACCUUAAAAGAUUUCGACAAAUGGAUCGAUCGCGUGCUCAGCACUGAAGAACUUCGUGGCGGAAAGCUAUCGUCAUCCAACGCAAUGAACGCUGUUAAAAACCCCGUUCAGCCUUCAAAUAGCAACCGUCAGUUGGGCAGCUACACACCCGGAAGCAGCAACUACAAUAACCGCGGACCGACCGUUCUCGCAGGAUCCUUAUCAAACGUUACCACCCUUUCUGACUGCCCGGCCUGCAAAGAAAGUCCGGCCCACAGGUUAGAGAUGUGCAACGUGUUUAAACGAAUGUUGGUGAAUGCCCGCGCAUCGCUGUGUGCCACCAACAAUCACUGCUUCAAGUGUCUCGUCCGCGGCCACUAUGGACGGAAAUGCAACUCAACUGAAUCGAAAUGCAAGGAGUGCCAGGGCCCGCAUCAUUCGCUGCUUCACGGAGCCGAACGACAGUUUCCCUCCUCAUCGCGAAACCAAGGUAAAAACCAUACUAUACUAAUGGUAAAGGCACCAACAGCCAAUAUCCGCCCAGUCCUAUUAGCUAUUGUCAAACUCGUAGUGGAAAUGAACAAUUCGGCUCAAACAACCUUCGCGAUUCUUGACCAAGGCAGCGAAGCUACUCUCAUAUCACGAAAGCUAGCGAAUUUGCUUAAGUUGAAAGGUCCUUCAGCCAGCAUUUGCUUCGGCUCGUUUAACAACUCUGUGUUAAUGGAUUCGAACAUCGUAGCAUUCAAACUCAAAUCGAUCGACGGAUCGCAAGCGUUCGACGUUUGCGAAGCGUUUGUUGUCCCCAGCAUUAAUCUUUCGCAACGCAAAAUUAACUGGCCUGGCAUCAAGAAACGAUGGGAACAUUUGGCCGACAUCGACUUACCUGCCAUAGACUCUUCCAAAGUAGAAAUUCUUGUGGGGAUGGACAUGUUACCAGUUCUUCGAACGCUAAACACUGCUGCCCCAAAUGAUGGUGAAACCGGCCCUACCGCUUUGCAAACGUGUUUUGGCUGGGCUGUAGUGGGCAAAAUACCGUUGUGUCUAGUCGCCGGACCGAGCAACAAAAGCAGCGUGAACUUAGGUUUCGUUCGACAAGAACCCUUUCUAUCAGAAGUAAUUGACCGUUUCCAUUUAACUGAAACCUUCGGCGUCGUGGCAAAAGCCGCGAAAACAAAUCCAGCGGCCAACGAAGACGAGCAGAUGUUGAGCAUCUUACAGCGAUCGAUAAAAUUUAUUGGAUGUGGUUACCAAAUAGAACUUCCGCUUCGUCAAGACAGACCGGUCAUACCAAACAACAGAGGACAAGCAGUUUCCCGUUUCUGUGGCCUCGAACGCCGAAUGUUAGAGCCACAUAUGCGCGAGACCGCCGCAAAAUACGUAACCAUUGUCGAGAAUCUUAUAUCGUCAGGAACCGUGGUCGCCGUCAACUGGUCGGACAUAAACAAGCCGGAAGGUAUGGUUUGGUAUCUACCUCACUUCUACGUCGUUAACCCGAACAAACCCGACAAAAUUCGAGUUGUCUUCGACUGCGCUGCGCUUUACAGAGGUGUGUCGCUUAACCAUUAUCUUUUGCGUGGCCCGCCGUUCAUCCCGUCGCUAGUCGGCAUCCUCCUCCGCGCUCGUCAGUUUCUCGUCGCACUCACCGCUGACAUCACUGCGUUUUACCACAGAGUUGGUGUGGCCGAAAAACAUCAGUCCUUACAACGAUUUGUCUAUCGCGAAUUUGGCAGUAACGCACCAAUCACAACCUACCAAUUCGCAACCCUGGUAUUUGGAGCUGUUUGUUCCUCCUCUGCCGCAAUAUUCACUUUACAGCAUGCAGUCAACGCAAACGUACAAUUUCCGCAGGUCGCCAAUAAAUUGAAAGACAAUUUUUAUUCCGACAAUUUGAGCGACUCAUUCGAAACUAACGACGAAGCAAUAAAUUUCGCAAAGCAAGUAACGCAGUCUCUCGCGUCCGCCGGUUUUAGUCUGACAAGCUUCGCGUCGUCAUCCCGGCAAGUCUUGGCAACCAUCCCAGAAAAUCAGCGAACUUCAAACACCGUUGACUUGAAUAAAGACGCACUAACUGUGGAAUAUCUUCUUGGUAUGGUGUGGGAUCUUAACUCGGACUCUUACGGCAUCAGAAUAAAAUCAAUGCCAACGGUUACUACAAAACGAGAAUUAUUGUCCGCAAUUUCUCUCACAUUCGACCCUCUCGGCAUUUGUCUUCCGGCCAUUACCGGCGCUAAACUGUUAUUUCAACAGACACAAAAACUGGCGAAAGAUACACCGGAUGUUCGUGGGUGGGACCAGCCUUUGUCAAUCGAAAUUUUGUCAAAGUGGAAGCAAUGGACCUCCAGCCUCGAAAAAUUGCGCCUUGUUUCUGUAAAACGAUGCUUCCGACCCGCCAACUUUCCCCUCGUAGGCUCCGAUUUUAUGUUGGUCAUUUUUGCCGAUGCUUCGCCCGUCGCCUUCGGAGCGGUCGCCUACCUGCGCGUACGAUUCGGUGAUAAAAUUCAUGUCAGCUUCGUCAUGGCCAAAGGUCGCCUGGCCCCCCUCAAGCCGACAACCAUCCCCCGACUGGAGUUGAAAGCGGCAGUAUUGGCCGUCAACCUGUCGUUGAUCGUGAAACAGGAGCUUCGACUUUCGUUUUCCUCAGUUGAGUUUCAUACGGACUCACAAAUUGUUUUGUAUCAGCUUCGCGCCUCUCACCCCGGUCGUCCAUCAUUUGUAAACAAACGGACAAAUGAGAUUCUACAGCACUCGACGGUUGAUCAAUGGCACUAUAUUCGCAGCAGCGACAAUCCCGCCGACGAUUGUACCCGAGGAAUCGUUCCGAAAGACUUUGGGCCAAAUUGCCGCUGGAUUCGAGGGCCAGAUGUUCUUUUCAACGUGUCGUACACUCCACCGCCAUUCGAUCAGCAAAGCAUUAAGGCUAAAGAAAACGAAGAAAUACAGGCGGUCAAUGUGCAACAGCUGCACGUUGCUAUAAGUUCUUGCCACCCGUUGUCAUCCGCUUUGUCUAAACUCAUCACCCGAAGCAUUCAACUUAACACUCUGAAACGAGAAGCUGCUCUGCUGCUGCGCGGCGACUCCACGUCGAAUGAUGAUCUGAAUUCCGACGAGAUCGCCGAAGCCUUCCGCAUCUGUCUGCUAGUGUCGCAGCAAGACGCAUUCUCACGGGAACGUGCAGCUCUUCAGAAAGGAAAAAUGAUCCCGCGUGACUCCGUCUUGAGGCGGGUCGGGCCAUACCUCGACCCAGACGACGGCCUGUUGAAAGUCGAUGGAAGAUUGGGCCACGCAGUGAUGCCGGCACGUACCCGUAACCCAAUAAUUAUUGCACCGGAUCAUCCGCUUACAAGGCUUAUCAUCAGCGACCGUCAUUUACAAUUGCUCCAUUCUGGUGUGGAACACACGUUGAGUGUUGUUCGUGAGCAGUUUUACCUCCCACAAGGACGCAGGGCCAUCCGGCGCACCACGAAUGGCUAG